GUUCGAGUCCCAGAGAGAAUGCAGGCUUCAAAAAUAUAGCCUACUACAGUGUGAAAUGCACGUUUUGGAUAAAACGUGUCUACUAAAUGUAUAAAUGCAUGCAUAUCAAAAUAGGAUUUGACAAAAUGUCCUAAUUAAAAAACAAUCCAAAAUUUGUCUCAGUCAGCAAUGCAAACAAUACAAGGUCCGUGUUUACUUUUAGCAGCAUCGCAUACUUUCAACCCACCUUACCCAAAAUAAACGUGAAUACCACAAGCACUUUGGAUAGACAAAGAGGUGAAAAAGUAGGCUAACAAUGAAGAUCCCUGCGGCUCUAAAUAUGUUCUUAUUGCUCUGUGUUGGGGCUUCGGUGGCUCGUGGCUUAAUUACGCCAGAAAAAAUUAACAAUAUUGAAGAAAGACUGAGAGCCACAGAGGUCAUUCUGAGCGAAUUGAAGAGAGAGAACGAAGCAUUGAGGAGGUUUACACGAGCCUUAGAGACCAAGCUUGAACCUUUACAAGCAGAGAAUACAGCCAGAAAGGUGGCCUUUUCAGCUGGACUUUUGGCAUCUGGAACACAACAUACUGGACCCUUUGAAGACUCAAGAACUCUGGUCUACCAAAAAAUCUUCAGUAACAUUGGAAAUGCAUAUAACUCAAACACUGGCAUUUUCACAGCACCAGUAAAAGGAGUCUAUUUUUUCCGAUUUUAUGGUCAUUCACAUGCAGCGAACAAAAUGGCGGUCAGUCUUCAUAAGAAUAAGGAACGGCAAUGCUCAGUGUAUUCUCACAAGCCCGAGAGCAAUCUCAAUGGAAACGGCAGCAAUGGUGUUGUUCUCACGCUGGAGAAGGCCGAUGAGGUGUACACGCAGCUGUGGAAAGACAGCUGGGUUUAUGACGAGGACAGCAGCUUCACCAGUUUCAGUGGUUUCAUGCUUUUCCCUUUAUAAAUCUCAGAUUCUUUAGCCCACCAGAGGAUGUGAAGAAUUCUAGAUAAACAAUAUUAACAAUGUUUAUAUAUAACAUAAACAAUAAAAUU